AUGCCUCAGUAUCGUAUCGAAAUCUCGCCCAACAAUCGUGCUGGCUGUCACGAGGGCGCGUGCAAAAAAGAGGCCGUGAAGAUCCUAAAGGGCGAAAUCAGAUUCGGUAGUUGGGUUGAGAUCAAAGAACAUGGAUCUUGGUCCUGGAAGCACUGGGGAUGUGUGUCUGGUCGUCAAAUUGAAGGUCUCCAGGAAUCGUGCGGCGGAGACCCCGACAAUUACGACUUUGAUGCCAUUGACGGCUAUGAUGAACUAGAGGAUGACGAGAUCAAGGAGAAGAUUCAGCGCUGCAUCAAGCAAGGCCAUAUUGAUCCGGAGGACUUCAAGGGUGACCCAGAGAAGAACAAGCUAGGUGAAAAGGGCAUCUUCCUUAGCGCCAAACAGAAGGCUGCCAAGGAGAAGGCCGCGGCAGAGGCUGCCGAUGACGACGAAGCUCCCGCCAAAAAGUCUGGCAAGGGGGGUCGCAAGAAGGUCGCCAACGAUGCCGAUGAUGGACCGAAGGCUAAGAAAGCUGGGAAGCCCAAGAAGGUCGAGGCAGACGAGGAGGAGCCCAAGGCCAAGUCCAAGUCCAGGGCUAAAGCUAAGAGCGCAAGCGAAGGAGACGCUGAAGAGCCUGUUGCGACCAAGAAGCUUCCCAAGAGAGGCUCAAAGGCAAAGCCUGUCAAGCCCGAAGAGGAGACGGUGGACGAAGAUGAGAGUCAGGAGAAGGAAGAUGUUGCUCCUGUCAAAACUACACGCGGACGAAAGGCAUCGGCCCCCAAGGCUAAGACUGAAACUGGAACUCCAGAUGAAGAUGAAGGCGCUGAGAUGGCAGCUCCAGCCUCUGCCCCCAGGGGCCGCAAGCGCGCAUCCAUGUCCCAGUCUGGCGAUAAGGACGAGGAGGCCACCAAGCCCGCUGCCAAGAGGGGACGCAAAUCGAGCGUCGCGGCCGCGAAAGCUGCCCCUGAGGAUGAAGAGGCGAAGGCGGCGCCCAAGGCUCGGGGAAGAGGCCGUCCUCGCAAAUCUGACGUCGCAGCGAACUGA